CCUUGUGAUAUUAGACCUUUCAGUACUUGGAAAAGUGAUAAAAAAGUGUCUGUAUACCUCAAAACAACAAUUUUCAGUUUGGCAAAUUCCUAACGAUUCGGGCCUUAUUCUUGAAUAUUGAAACUAAAAAUCAAUAUCUAAUAAAAUCAGGUCUUAUAAACGGAAGCCAAAUUAGAAUAUGUAAUUAUCAACGUACACUACAUGUAAACAAGUUAAUUACACGUUAAAUAAGAUAACUCUUACACAUUACAAAUACCAACGACACAGAUAUAACGUAAACAACAAUUUUAUCUUAGCAUCUCAGUUUGACUUGUUGCUUAGGGCCUGUAGCCUGCUAGCAGGCAGGAUUAUUGUCAUAAAAUUAAUGUUCGUUUUUAGAUAUUACGUUCUGACACAAUGAAGGAAAGUGAACGGGAAAGCCGAUAUCAAAAGGUGCCGACCAGAGAAAUUAUUAAAGAUAAUAUUCCAGAGAUACCUGUGUCUUAUGGUUAUGGAAUUCGACAUGUACAAGUUGCACUCUUACUGUUCAGCUUGACAGUUGCAUAUUCGGCACGCGCACAUAUAGGUCUAACUGUAGUUGCCAUGUCUAAAACACCACGUAAUGCUAAUAUAACCAUUAGUAAUUCUAGUGGUUUCAUAAAUGAAAGCAUCUACAAUAAUACAGUUGAUGCCAUUGUCAUGAGAGGAGAAGACAAUAAUGGAACAAACGCAUUGGAAUCUGAAAUAAAUAGAACUAUCUCAAAAAUAAGCAAGGAAAAUGAAACAGAUGGAAGUAUUUGGAAUAUUUAUAUGACUUAUGAAUGGCCAAAAUCAAUUCAAGAGUUGAUUUUAGACUCCUUUUUCUUGGGUUACUUUCUGAUGAUGUUUCCUAUGGGAAUGAUUGCCCAACGUUUUGGAGGGAAGAUACCUCUACAAAUAUGUAUGCUAGUUAACGGAGUAGUUUCACUUAUCACUCCCUCAGUGGCUGCAUGGGGAGGAUGGAAAGCAGUAUGCUGCUGCCGGGUGAUACAAGGACUGAGUCAAGCAGGAGUGUACCCUAGCAUCCAAACUGUACUAUCUAAAUGGGCGCCAGCAAGUGAACGAGGCAGAUUUGCCAGCUAUAUAUAUUCAGGUUCGACAAUAGGCACUGUUAUAGCAUUCCAAUCAAGUGGUGCAUUAUCAUCUAGCAAGGCGGGAUGGCCUGCCACAUUUUGGUUAUUUGGAUCAGUGUGUAUUGCGGCUUUUAUUCUCUUGAGUAUGUUUGCUGCUAGUUCCCCAACCGAACACAAAAAUAUCAGUGAGGAAGAGAAAACCUUCAUUUUAGGAAGAAUUGAUGAUGGUGUAAAAAAGAGGAUGAAAACUCCAUGGAAACAAAUCCUGACUUCAAAGCACGUUUGGGGAGCAUUUGCAGCACACGUAGCUUCUGGAGUCUGUUUUGUCUUUUUUAUAACUCAAACACCUACUUAUAUGUUUUAUAUACUCGGUUUUAACAUUAAAAAUAGCGGCGUUUUGUCCUCUUUACCCUAUAUCGCAAGCAUUAUCUUAUCUGUAGUCUACGGGGUAGUGUCUGACUAUUGUACCAACAGAGGUAUCGUCACUUUAAAGACAGCAAGGAUCGCAUCGAACAGUCUUGCACAAAUUGGACCAGCUCUUUGCCUUGUAGCAGUGUCAUUCACUGAAAACAGUACAUUCGCCGUUAUUUUACUGAUUCUUGGAGUUGGACUGCUUUCCGGCGUCCACGUCGGUUGGAUGUUGAACUACAUAGACCUAUCUCCAAACUUCAGUGGGUCUCUAAUGGCACUUGGAAAUACACUGACGGCGUUCACUUCUCUCUCUCAGCCAAUAUUGAUCUCGAACAUCGUCACCGACGUGAGAAACCGCUUUCAGUGGCGUAUUAUGAUGUUCCUUAUUGCCACUAUAAUCUUCAUUACUAAUGGAGUGUUUGCUUGGUUUAUAUCAACGGAAAUUCAACCUUGGGACCAAUUUGAUUCCAAAGAAACCAGUGACACGGAAAAAAAUAAUCAAUAAUUAUUUACCAAAUGUGUUUAUAAUGCCAACGUUUUACGGUUUUAAUCAACGAUUCACCUUUAUCCAAUGUUCACGUCGCUUUCUGCAGAGUAAAUGUACAAGUUUCUACAAAAAGAAAGUUACUAUAGUAAAUCAAGAUUUCCCGCUAUUUUUCCAAGAUUGUAAUACUGAUUUGAUGACCAUAGAACGCAAUAGAUGUAAAUGAGAUUAAGUUGAACGAGAAUGAAAUAAGUAAAAAACAAAUUUACCAUAUUGGUCCAGCAACCACUGAAUUGGAAUAGUUGAAAUUUUUCGAAUUGUUUGAUGUUAAAAAAAAAAACAAGAUUUCUACGGUUUAAAACCUCCCCUAUCUGAAAUUGAAAUAUUUAUUAUUCGGAUAUAUUUAUGAACUUAACUUUUAUUAUUUUAAUUCACGGCGCCUUCCCAUUCUCAUUUACAGAUUAGAAUAAAUAGUACAUUACUACAGAGGCCGGGAAACGAAGGGUUGCAGGUCAAGUGUAUGACGACCGGUUUGGUCUAGUGGGUAGUGACCCUGCCUACGAAGCUGAUGGUCCCGGGUUCAAAUCCUGGUAAGGGCAUUUAUUCGUGUGAUGAGCAUGGAUAUUUGUUCCUGAGUCAUGGGUGUUUUCUAUGUAUAUUUAAGUAUUUAUCAAUAUUUAUAUAUUAUACAGGGUGAUUCAGGAGACGUGAGCAGGAUCAAGCUUGAGCAUUCAGUAAGUUAUAAGCAACUGUUUCCUACCAGUAUUUGUGAGAUUAACGUUCUUUUAUUUUUUACUGUUCAAAAAAAAUGUUUUAAUUUAUUUACGCCAUGUAUGGUCACCCUCUUUGUUUUAUCCAUAACAAGUGACAAAUUGAAUGUCAUCGGAGUCUGGUUACUUUUGAAAAAUCGUGUCUCACUCAAGUGUGGCAUUUUGUUUUCUUCAUAAUCAAACUGCUGUCAUAACGGUUAAAGAGGUUUUAACUUUUUUAAUUAAGUGUUGUAGAGUGUCCAUGAUUGUAGAUUAUCAAAUUUGUCCUUCCCAAAAAGUUAAAUAACAGAAAUAAAGCGAGAUUGUUUUACUUAAAUAUAAUGAUAAACGGUUCAUUAACAUUUACUGAUUGUGUAGGCUUAGUCCUGCUCACGUCUCAUGAAUCACCCUGUAUAUAUCGCUGUCUAAGUACCCUCAACACAAGCCUUAUUGAGCUCACUGUGGGACUUAGUCAAUUUGUGUAAUAAUGUCCUAUAAUAUUUAUUUAUUUAAUAUUUAUUUAAGUAGAUAUUGAUAUACACAGAGAGGAUCAGGGAUACGCGGCCGGCAACCCCGUUUCUCGCUGAGAUUUGUUUUCUUAAAUCUACAAUGAAAUAAAAAAGUUGUAGUCAGUUUGUUCAAUUCGUAGGUUUACACAGCUAAAAUUACGAAUCUACUACUAUUUGAUGAUGAAAUGCCAGAUGACGUUGGAUUACAAUUUGACGUUUUAAAAUAAAAGAAGCUUGCUUUACAGAACUAGGUGUGUAAGGCUGUAUAAAAUUCCUUUAUAUAUCAUUUUCACCCAUCGCACCGGGUACGUAGUAUUUCGGGACCUAAUUUGAAGUAAGUCAUGUCAACGUUUCAUUGCAAGAUUGAGAAAAAUAAAUAAUAUAUAUCGAAGAUAUAUUUUGGACUUUUUCCCACAAUAGAACGACAAACAAUGCACAAACUUUAAAGUGAAGUCUUAAUAUAGCUUGCAAGCCUUUGUAGGAGCCCGUCGGCAAUCGAAUUAAUUUCCAUUUUAAGUGCUAAGAGACUGCAAAAUCGACAAAGAGUGGGGAUUGGUGGAAAACAAAAGAAUCGCUGAAAGCCGCAACGACCACGAUGAAACCACAAUACAAGUUAAGCUCGGGAAGACAUUUAGUUUUAUUUUUACGAAGUUUUAUUGGAAUACAAGUAACAAGUGACUGUUUUUUGCAUAUAUAAUAUAAGUUUUCCAAAUA